AUGGCAACUGUGAACCCUUUUGAUCUGUUGGGUAACGAUGCUGAGGAUCCGAGCCAGCUCGCUGUCUCAAUCGCUCCAGCGGAGAAAGCUGAUAAGUCCAAGAAAUCUGGACCCGUUUCUGGCUUGCCUGCAAAGUCAGCUGCUGGAAAGCUCCCGUCGAAGCCGCUUCCUCCUGCUCAAGCUGUGCGAGAGGCAAGGAGUGAUGCGCCACGCGGUGGUGGACGUGGAUUUAACCGUGCUCGCGGUGGUUACAACCGUGAGUUUGGAGGUGGUGAUCGUCCUGGAGGUAACAAUGGAUAUUCAGGGGGAUACAGUAAACCCUCAGAGGAAGGAGAUGUUUCAAGGUCUUCUUACGAGAGGCGUGGUGGUGAUGGUGGUGGCGGCGCUCGUGGUGGUCGACGUGGUGGAUCCAGCAAUGAAGGUGGUGAAGGUGAACGUCCUCGAAGGACAUAUGAGCGUCGUAGUGGAACUGGCAGAGGUGGCGACUUCAAACGCUUAGGAUCUGGUCGUGGGAAUUGGGGAACGCCAGGAGAAGAAGUGUUUUCUGGUGAGACUGAAGAAGUAGCUGGUGUUGAGACUGAGAAGGAUGUUGUGGUGAAGCCAGCUGGUGAUGAUGUAGCUGCUGAUGCCAGCAAGGAAAAUGCUGUUCAAGUUGCGGAGGAGAAAGAGCAAGAAGAUAAGGAAAUGACUCUGGAUGAGUAUGAGAAAAUACUCGAGGAGAAGAAAAAGGCCCUUCAAUCUCGUACCACCUCUGAGAGGAAAGUUGAUACUAAAGAGUUUGAAUCAAUGCAGCAACUCUCAAACAAGAAGUCCAACGAUGAAAUCUUCAUCAAGUUGGGUUCUGAUAAGGACAAACGCAAAGAUGACAAAGAAGACAAGGCUAAGAAGGCUGUGAGCAUCAAUGAGUUUCUGAAGCCAGCUGAGGGUGAGAACUACUACCGAGGAGGUCGUGGUGGCCGUGGACGUGGUGGUCGUGGCCGUGGAGGAGUUUCAAGUGGCGGAUUUGGUGGUUACCGUAAUGAAGCUGCGCCUGCCAUUGGAGAUUCUGCUCAGUUCCCAUCUCUUGGGGGCAAGUAA